GUUUAAAUGUUCAAAAACCUGAAAAACCGGCUGGAUAAUGAAGCCGGAAAGCUUAAACAAUCAGCUCAGCAGUAUGGAGAACAACUCGCCGCUCAAGUUGGACAAUAUCGGCAGGCGAUGAAUGAGCAGCCUGCUGGCAGUGAUGCAUCCGCGUCGAUUUCUAAAAGAUUCACCGGAGAAUCAGGAGAAACUAAAGCUGAAAAUCCAGCAAAUACCUCUAUUGAAUCCUCGUCAGCAAUAAUGUCUGAAAUCCCUGAAGCUGAUCUUCUAGGCCUCGGACUUUCAUCAACUGAAUCUCCAUCAAAUCGUCGACGUCGUUCACCAUCUGAAGAUUCAAUACAUUCAAAUGAAAGUACACUUGCUGCAUUACUUCAAUCAAUUCCAAAUGCAAUUUCAUCUGCAUUAGAAACUAUUCCUUCUGACUCUGAAAGUGUUGCUAGUGAUGCAUUUUCUGUUAGAUCUACUAAUGAUCCGGCCUACAACUCUCGUCUGAAACAACGUUUGGCCACGUAUAAAGCUAAAUAUCGUGAUGCAGUACACCGUCAUAAUAAGCUCGUUGAUGACGUCAAUACAACACGAAAAUUGCUCGAAACGACACAAGAUGAAUGCCUUCAAAAAGUGGAAAAACUGAGGUUGGAGAAACGAAUUCUCGCUGAAAAACUCUCCAACUCGGCAGGAAAUGGCGACGGAAAAGAAGAGCUCGAAAAGAAAUGUGAAGAUUAUAAGAGAAUGUUGGAACAGUGUAAAAUUAAGAUAAAAUCUCUUCAACAAGACAAAAAAGAGCAACAGCAGCUGAUUACUGUAGAUAAUGAUGAUUCUGUGGAUCCAAGAAUUCGAGAAAUGGAGCAAAGAAUUCAAAAAACUGAAGAAGAAUGGACGAAUCGAAUUAAUGAAAGUGAUCAGCAACAUGCAAUCAAUUUGGCGACGACUAAAGCUGAAAUGCACGCGGCUCUCGAGAAUAAGGACUCAGAAAUAGAACAAUGGCGUCGAAAAUGUGCAACUUUGGAGCAACAAGACGCCGAUGCAAAUCAGAGAUGGAGUGAUAAAGUGGAAAAAGUGCAGGCAAUGAAUAAGGCUCUUGAAUCAGAAAAGAAUGAAAUGAUCGAAAAACUAUCAGAAGCAAAAGCUCAAGGAGUUAAAGCAGUUUUAGAAGAAGAAGAGAGAAAACGAACAGAAAUGGAAACAGAUUUAAAUGAUGAAAUUGAACGAUUAAAAGAAGAAACUGAGAAGAUGAGGCUGGAAAUGUCAACGUAUAAAGUACAAUUAGAAGCCAAAGAGUCUAGAGAAUUUGAUGAAGAACGGGAAGAUGUUGAAGCUCUAAAACUCGAGCUAAACGCUGUAAAAUCCACUAGAGACGACUUGGAAUCCAGAAUCACCGAGAACUCAUCGAGUUUUGAAAAUUAUCGAUCAGAAGCCGAGAAGACGCUGGCUGCAGCCAAAGCACAAUUCGAAAAGAUGGUCAGCGAGUGUGACAAGUGGCGCGAGAAGUACGAGGAGCGAGCCGCCGCCUCUGAGCACAUUGCAACCGUCGAAUUCGAGACACAGGAGACGGACGCCCAUCGAAUACUCGAAUUCGAGGCCGAAAAGAAGGCUUUGGCUGAAAAAUGUGAAGAGCUGACACUGAAAUUCGAGCAAGCCGACAAGGAGAAAAAUGAGAUGGUGCAACAACUAUCUCGUCUUCAACAAGAAAUGCUGGAAAAAUGUGACGCACUUCAGGCGGAGGUGAAUGAGGCGAAGGCAUUAAGAGAAGAGAUUCAGGCAAAGUAUGAUGACGUCACACAGAAGGCUGAACGGAUUCAGGGAGAAUUGGAGGAGAGUAAGAAGGUUCUGGAGAGCGAGAAGCAGGCUUUUGAGAACGAAAAAGAGCAAGAACGGGAGGAGCAACUCGCAAAAGCUAUGGAGAAACUGAAUUCGGAGCAAAAUAUCCUUGACGAAGUUACCAAGAAGCUUGAGCAAUCUGAAGAAGAAGUUUUGGCGGCUCGCGGAGCAAUUCAAGAGCUCACAGAGAAACUGGAAGAGUCGGAGAAGGAAACAAGCACAGCGAAAACGGAACUGGAAGCUGUCAGUAAGAAGCUCGACAGCUCAGAGACGUCUCUGAAAGAGUUCUCGGAUAUGAUAGAAGCUAUGAAGAUUCAGCUGAUUAAUUGUGAAAAACAGAAGGAUGAAGCUGUGGAGCUCCUCAAGCAGAAGCUCGAGGAAGUUGAGAAGAAUAUGAGUGAUGUGGAGGUUCAGAAGCAGCUUCUACUGGAAUCUACAACUUCAGAGAUGAAGCAACAUGCAGAAGCAGCUGAAAUUGUGAAAAAACAGUUGGAAGAAGCUCAGAGCUCUAUUGAAAACUUGAAGAAGGAUGCAGAGAACGAGCGAAAUCUGAAAACCGCUUUAGAAUCCGACGAGAGUUCUGCAAUCUCUGAAAUCACUAAACAAAUGGAAGCGGCGAAGAAGGAGCUUGAAGCUAGUGAAAAGGAGAAGUCAGAGCUCCGUGAGCAGAUGGAUCGACUCCAGAAAGUGCACAACGCUGGGCAGGAGGAUAUUCAGAAGCUGCAGAAGACGUGGGAGUUAGAGAUGGCAAAGAUCGCGAAAAGUACAGAAGAUGAGAAGUUGGCUCGUGAGCAGUUAGCUGGAGAGCUGGAAAAUGCCAAGGAAGAUCUGAAAGUUGUGGAAGAGGAGAAACACACUGGAAUUCAAAGGGCUCAGGGAGCUCUCGAUGAUGCGGAGAAAGAAGUUAAAGUGCUCAAAGAGCAGCUGGAAAGAGCUCAAUCUGCACUAGAAUCAUCCCAAGAGCUGGCAUCUUCCCAGAAGGCAGAUAAAAUCCAGGAGCUAGAAAAAGAGCUUCAAAAUGCUCAGAAAAGGUCAUCGGAAGAGCUUGAAACUGCGAACGAGAUGGUUAGAUCUUUGACUGCAACGCUGGAAAAUUCGAAUUCAGAGACGGAAAUUCUCAAGCAGAAGCUGGAAACUUUGGACAAAGAGUUACAGGCUCGGCAGCAAACUGAAAAAGCUUUGACUGAAGAGAUAAAUGUGCUCACCACGUCGCUAGCUGAAAAAGAGCAACAAACUGCCCAAAUACAGAAUCUGCAGACACAAAUCUACCAAAUGGAAGUGGAAAAAGAGGAAAAAGUGGAAUUAGUGAAGGUUCAGCUCCAGCAAGCCGCUCAGAGCUCGAGCUCAGCGGAAGAAGCUCUCCGAGCUGAAAUAGAGCAGCUGGAGGCCAAACUGAAGGCCGUUGAGCAGGCGAAGGCAGAAGCUCUCAACUCAUUGCUGGCUGAAAAAGAGCAUCUUCAAGCUCAGCUCCACCAGCUGGGAGUGGAAAAAGAGGAAAAGCUCGAAAUGGUCAAAGUUCAGCUCCAACAAGCCGCUCAGAGCUCCAGCUCCGUGGAACAAGCUCUCCGAGCAGAAAUUGAGAAGUUGGAGGCGAAAUUGCAGGAGAUUGAGGAGGAAAAGAAGAAUGCUCUCAACGCAUCGCUGGCUGAAAAAGAACAGCAAACUGCACAAAUCCAAGAGCUCCAAGCUCAGCUCCACCAGCUUGAAGUGGAAAAAGAGGAAAAGCUCGAAAUGGUCAAGGUUCAGCUCCAACAAGCCGCUCAGAGCUCCAGCUCCGUGGAACAAGCUCUCAGAGCAGAAAUUGAGAAGUUGGAGGCGAAAUUGCAGGAGAUUGAGAAGGCUAAGAUGCAAAAUUCGUCGAAAAGGGAGCAAAAAGUGCGCGAAUUGAGCAAUCUGAAUGAGAAGAUGCGUGUCGAAUUUAUUGCAAAGGAAAAAAUCAUCUCGGAUCUCCGCUCUGAGCUCUCCACCAUUAGCACAGAGCUUGUCGUCCAAAAAGCCACUGUUGAGAAGACGAAAAUGGAUUUUGGAGAACUGGAAACACGGGAGAAACGAGCUACGGCAGAUAGAGAAAAUGAGAAGAUGGAGGAAAUUCGAUUGAGAGAGACAUUUGCCAAGGAGCUGGAGACAAUGGGCUCGGCCUUAGAGGUCAAAGAAACGGCCUACAACGAGUUGAAGGCUUCAGCCGAGAAGAAAAUCGCCAAGCUAACCUCUCAAUUUGAAGAAAAACUGAAAAAGGCUCAAAAUUCUCAGGAUGAAGCUUCAGAGUCUCGAUUUAAAACACUUGAAGCCUCGGCGGAGCAAGCGAAGCUAGAAUCGGAGCAGAAGCUUAGAGCACUGGAAGAAUUGCUGAAAAGCUCGGAGUCUGAAAUUGAAGAGCUCAAGAUUAAGGAAAUUUCAGCAGAGAAGGACAGAAGCCACUGGGAAGUUGAAAAAGAAAUGUUAGAAGGAGAAGCAAAAGAGCUCACGGACAGAAUUGAAGGACUUGAAGCUGAAGUGAAGAAGCUAACGGCAGCGAAUGAGACGAAAGCAGUGAAAGCAGAUACAGAUGCAAGGAAGGUUGUACGAGAACUUCAGAAAGAAGUCAAGCAGUUGUACAAUGAGUUGAAUGAUAAAAAUCAGCAAUUUGAUAUGGUUCAAGAGGAGUUAACACGACUGAAAACUUCAAAAGAAACUGCUGAAAAUGGGCAAUUACAAGUACAGAAACAGAUGGAUGAAGAGGAUAGAAGAAGCGAGUUUUCGUUCAAAGAAGAAAUUGCCUCGUUAAAACAAAAGCUUGACGCCUCACUAACCGAAGCAGAUGAUCUACGAAUGCAAGUCUCACGGAACGAGAAGACGCCACGAUCCAAUGGAAAUGCUUCAACUGGCAGAACGAAAUCUAUGGAAUUACACGGAAUUGCUGAUCCGGCAGAAGCUGAAUAUCUACGAAAUGUACUAUAUCGAUACAUGACUAAUCGAGAAUCUCUUGGAAAAGAAUCUGUGACAUUGGCCCGUGUAAUUGGAACUGUGGCCCGAUUCGACGAGUCUCAAAUGAAAAAUGUGAUAAGCAGUGAAGAAUCAAGGCAGGCAAGCUGGGCGGCAGCUGUUGGUGGAACUGUUAGCCAUGCGUUGAAUCGAUAAUUCGAAACUCUAAUUUUUGCUCAAUUUUCUCUCAUUUUUCAUGUUUUUUUGUGUGUGAAACUGACUAAUUUUCUCUCAGAAUGUGAUAGCCAAGAAAUGGGCGGAGCUUACGAUUUUUGUCGAAAAUUUUUGGAUUUUUUUUUCAAUAUUUUCUAUGGAAAAAACCGAAAAUUGAAUUUUUUGAACCGAUUUUUUGAAAAAUUAUUUUUAAAAAAUUUUCUGCGAUAAUCGCAAUAUUAGUUUUUUCUUCAAAAAAAAUUCAAAAAAACUAAUUUUUAAAUUUUCCACAAAAAAAAAAAAUUUCUAAAAAUUGGAAUUUUUCGAAUUGUCUAUCAAAAAAAACGCUCGUAAAUCGACACUGAGAGAAAAUUAGCCAAUUACAGGCAAAAUUACGUCUUCUUUUAGAUUAACCCCCGUAAUUAGAGUUUUUUUUUCAAUAUUUUUCAAAUUAACAAAAUUCUUUUUUUUGGAUAUACCCCCUACCGGUUAUUAGAUUUUUGAAAACAAUAUCCCCCGAUUUUUUUCUAAUUUUUUUAAAAAUAAUUUUUUUUUUCGUAGAAAUUCUGUUUCCUCUAUAUUGUUCUGCUUUAUCCUCCCAACGACUGUGAUUAAUCGCCGAAAAAUUUUUAGAUUUUUAUUUCAAUUUUUUUUCGAACAAUUUAUUGUGUAUAUAUACGAGAAAUAUAUAUGUAAUAAAAUUUUUUAAUUUAUUUCGAAAAAAAAAA